ACGACGGAGCCUGCCACAGCUUGGGCUUUGGGGCUGUGGUGGACUACAUAGUGUGAAGUGUUGGUGAACAGGAGUGCAGGUAUGUACUAGCUGUGUGCAGUCUAGACGAAUCGCAGAUGAAUAUUAUUGUGGAUGGUUCGUGGCUAGACCCAGACACACUCAUCUUGCAUCCAGACCCUGUUUUCAGCACAGCCAGCGUGCUUUAACUUUACAACACAGAGCAUAGCCCCAGUUGCCAGUAGGAGUAACAUACGUACAACAGGCCUCUGAUGGAAUUUGUUCAUGCUCGGGGUAUAGUGCGCGUUGAGGAAGACCUGUUUUUCUCCCCCUACUAUAAACAGAUGGCUUCUUCAUAAUUGACCUGUUUAUGGAAUGCCUGGACGUACAUUUUUGAUUCAACAGGUUAUGAACGAGGUUUACACCCAUGCAAUGAUCAUCAUCAGGGACCCAUCAUAGCUGUGUAGGGCGCAGGGUCUUUAGCUGAAAGUAUCAAAAUCAAUUUUCAAGGUAUCAACAUCUCCAAGGGAUCUGUAGAGUAACUGUAGUAAUGACUCCUACCAGCUCACCAAGCAGCAUCUCCGAUGGAUGUGACUAUACUCCAAUAAGUUGAUUCAUUUUCCCAGAGCCAUGGAAGACCUUCCAAUACAGCCUGGCAUUUGUGCCACUAGGAUCCGCUCCUAUACAGAGGGCACCAUACAGCGUCCCAAAAAGCUUAGAUCAGGAUGUCCAUCAGGAAGCGGGAAUCUCUUUAAAUCAGUGUCGUCAGUCCAGCUCGCCCACAAUGUCACUCGAGAGCCUCGGUCGUCGUCUAGCCAGCAUGAACUGAACAAGUCGUGUGAUUACCUCCAGGGGAGAGUCAAAAGACUGUCCAGGAGGACCUUUGUCUCCUCUGUAAACAUUGCCCUUGUGAAGUCACAGCCGCAGCGUAAAAUGUCUCUUCCCUGUGGUCCCGCGUCUCAGCAGCACGGAGACAAAAUCAAAUCUGUGGAACUGUCAGAGAGCUGUAAGUCGGUAAUCGGUAGCAGCAGCAGCACAAGGGACCAGCAGAUGAACGGCAAUGCGGAGGACACUCCGUUGAAAUCUGUGGAUGAGAAGAACUUGCUCGACAUUUUCCCAGACAAGGAAAAUCUUCCUUGGGAGAUAAAUGAUGAAUUCCCACACAUUCCCGUGCUCAGACGAAUCCAGCAGUUUGAGACACAGACCACGCCAAACAGCCGUAGUUCAUCCCCGGGACGUUGGAAGCUCAAGGGCAAAACAAACUACAAAAAGGGCAGUGUUCACAGUAGCCCCGCCCUAUCCAGGAAAAACUCACUAGAGGGAAAGGUCAUCAUCAGGAACUCUCGCAAUUCUUCUCCAGCAAUUCUGCACAGCGAGAUCUUGAGGUUUCAACAGGAAUCAAAUUACAGGACUCGUUGCGAGGUUGGCAACAGUAGUAGUAAAACGGACACAAUCGGGUCUGAACUUAAAAAUUCUGAAGUUCAAGUUGACUCUUCCACGACGGAACUGAUGUGCAGAUCGGAAAUUAUUCAAGCACAUCAGGAGUGUGGAAUACCGGAGCAAGAUCAUAUCAAAAGCAGAGUCCUGACUAAGUCAAAUGAUGGACGUAGCACUGCAGACAAAGUCUCAAACUCUCAAACACAAAGAGAAGACAGGGAUUCGUCAAUGGAUGUCGACUCCGAAUCGAUUGAAAUCUUGCAAGAAAGUGUCAACCAAGACUUUUCGACAGAAAAAGGUUCCGAUCCGCAUGUUAUUGAAUGCAGCUCAAUGGAGUUGUCUCGUGAAGUGAUUGUCAAUUGUGAAAGGGCUUCAACUCAAGACGAGCCAACUAAUGGGAUCCCUCAGGAAGAUACAUCGGACUGCAGUUUAAGUAAAGAUGAAGUGACAGAAUCGUAUAAGUCUGGGUUAAGAACGGCCGAUUCCUUUUGCUUAAACGAAAACCGUUCACCACAUCUUAGAGACCAAGGAAGGUCAGUAUGUGUCGAUACAUUUGUGUUGGAACCAUUACAUGACAACUCAUCUGAGUCCGAUGCAGAGCAACAAACAGAUGAUGGCAAUGCUUCGUUGACAGGAAAGGACACACUUAAUCUUUCUGGCAACACGGUAGUUGACGCAUCCGUAGAUGCUUCACUUAGUCCUUCCUCGGACUGUCAACCAGCAGGACAAUCCUUGACAUUGAGUCCAGGAAACAAAAGUAUGAUAACCGACAAUGUCUCCACGAUUCAAGGCAUGUCUUCUGACGAAGAGGUCCUGGACGUUCAGUGCAAUAGACCCGACCUUCCCCCCGUGUGUGUGAUUACCCAGACAGCGGAACACUGCCAAUCAGUUUCUCAAUUAGAGAAUCCCGAUCCGAUUCAGCCUUUGAUCGGUGAGAUUCUUCAGGCCAGCCACUCUAUCGACACCGAUAUUUACAGCCAACGCUGCAGCCAGCAGCUUGGUGAAUUCAGAACUGACUCUGCAGAACGUAACGCGUCCACAGCGACGGGUCGUCCAAUGGAAGAGCUUUUGGUCGGAGGACAAAGUCCCUGUUUGAGUGACUGCUACAGCAGCAGUAGCGAUGAAGAGUCGCAACUUGCCAGCGGCACAACGUUGGAUUUUGUCAGAGCUUUUAACAGCCGUAGCAACUGUGUUCGUAACGAGCCUUUGUCUACAUGUAGCUCCUCCAGUGAGAAGGAUCUUCCUAAAGAAGACGAAAUGCAUGAAACCAACUUCCACAAAACGGAGCUUCCCUCUUUCUUCUCUGGUGCUCAGACUUCAAAUGGCCUUUCUAUCGAUGAGGAUCCCAAAGAAGAUCCGAAAGAAUCUGCAGACUGCCAUUCAAACCCAGAUACGGAUGAUUCAUCAUCCUCAUCAAGUUCUAGUGGACUUUCCGAUUCGUUUGAUUGUAUACAAGCAGUUUUGAAAUCCAAUGACUUAUUGCAUCUUCCCUCAGCCCUGGGGGCAUGCGGUGGUCUGCCUUCGUCUGAGGUAGUAGCAAUUAAUUCCUCUCAUAUCGGCCACAGCGAUGACAAAGUUGCCUUCUCAAGACAUCUCUCCGCUUUGUUAAAACGCCGGGAGAACAAUGCAGAUCAGGCCUUGUUCCUUUCCCAGAUGAGCCUAUUACUAGACUGGAUUCGAAGACAGCCAUCCCCUGCUUCAGAGGUAAGGAGUUCUGUGCCAAUGCCUCCAGCAACCCAAAGUUCAGACAGUAGAGUCCAAGAGGUUCAAGGAGACAUCCAGAGUUCAUCCAACCUCGACACCAAGACCAGCCAGGUUACAGUGUCUCCGACGCCACCAGUCGACGGCACAACAUGUAGAGAUUUACCUCAGCAUGCCGUCAAGCGAAAAGAGACUGAGGUCGUUAACACCAAGCCUAUCAAACGCUUCAGACAGAAAAGGUACGUUGACCCGGACAAGUACAGUCAUCUGCGCUACCUGAUCCUUCAGUCACCGCUAGUCUUAUCGGACGAGGACGACAGUGACAGCGACGACAGCGACGUGGAACUCAAUGAAUUCGGAGAGGUGAAGCAGGACUAUCCCCUCGGGCGUGUCCCGGACUACAUCGUGGCGCAGAUCUUCUGCAAUCUCAUCACCAAGGACCUUGCCUCGCUGAAGUGUGCCUGCAAGGACUUCAAGUGGCUCAUAGAAAAAUUUGACAUCAAGGGCACCGACUCCAAGUGGUCGGAGGAAUCCCCGUACAGAGAAGAUCCCUGCAUGCAGUGUGGCAAGAUCCGGGACCCCAGAGGGGACGUCUCGCUCUGCCGCUGGCAUCCCAAGAUCUACUACAAGAACGGUGAGAUCGGGAGGCACUACUGGACGUGCUGCUUCGCCAACGAGGAAGAUGCUCCCGGGUGCACCACCUCCCUACAUAAUAACAAAUGGUCGGGGCCGCACUUGAAACUCUGUAAAGUGCCUCGGUCCUGGAGACAAUAUUGGCGGAGUUACCCGAUGGACAGCUAAAGAUGCCCCCGAGUUGUUUUAUGGUGUUUGAUUCAUUGUGUACAAUUACCUGUGAGCAAAUAUCUGUGAUGGUUUUUAUCAUGGUGUGGCCAUCAUGUCUGGUUCCCUGUACACACAAUGAAUAGUAUGUAAAGCAAGACAAGUUCUCAAAAGAACAUUAUCUACCCCGCAAAUAGAUACACACAUAGUGUUACCACAAACCAAUUGUCAGGAAUAGUUCUUGUUUUAAAAGAUAAAGAGACCUAAUUAUUCUUCCUGCUUAGUUUGGUUUCAUUGAUUGGACUAGUAAUAAACAAAAUGGCUGCACUUCAAUUAGUCAAUACAUGGUCUUUGGUUUAUAUAGACCUUUCUGUGGCAACGUCACUGCCCGAGUUUUUGUCAACCACGAUUGGAAAACUAUGGAAAAGCCAUAAAUGCAAAUCAAAAACAGAUAGCCAUAGUGUGUAGAAAUGUUACACAGUUAUUCAAAAAUUUGUUGAAUUUGUUUGAAACAGAUCAACAAAUCAAAAGAGAUAUCUUUUACAGAAAAUGUUUUUUUAACACGGUUGAUUGUUUCACUUACUUUCGACCGGCCAUGCCAACAGGCGCAUUUUGUUUAUCAAGAAUUGACAGGUCACUAAAUCAGAAUAGACUGCAACUAAUCUGCAUAAUGGACUCAAUUGUGGUAUAUACAAAGCAUUGAAACUGGGCCCUGGUAAUAGGCUUUGAAAUAUCAUGCUUAGCACAGAAAUGCUAAUUGCAGAAUCAGGUUGAUAUCUAAACUAAUAUGUAAUAUCUACUGAUCAUUGGCCAGUUUCAUAAUUUUUUUUUUUUUACCAAUAAGCAAGUUUUGUGCCUUUAGAAGCAAAUGUGUAUUCUAUAAAUGAGCAAGAAAAUUUGGCAGUGUGGUUGUUCAGAAAGCAGUGGUUUUGAAAUUGAAAACUGUGCUGAUUCAUAAGCAGAAAAUGUCUGCUCUAAUACAAUUUGUUUGUGAACAUUUUCCUCUGGAUUGGUGUUUUUAUUAAGUUUGCAGCUAAGCAAUACUUCAGCAAUCAACAGCUUUACACAAAAGUUGGCUGUAAAAACACAGACCCCAAUUUUAUAGAGCUGCUUAAGCACAAAAGGUACCGGUAACUACCUAAGCACAAAAUAAAUCUGCUCUACC